CCCGGAAGCGACAGUUCGGCGUCGGACUGGUUGCUCUGGAGCCGAGUCGCGUGCCCGCCUGCCUGCCCGCCUCCGCUAUGGGGGCCGCCGAGAGCAGCGAGGGCCGCAGGGUGUCCUUCGGAAUGGACGAGGAGGAGCGGGUCCGGGUGCUACAGGGCAUCCGGCUUUCUGAAAAUGUGGUUAACCGCAUGAAGAAUUCCAGCCAGCCUUCCCAAGUGGGCCAGCUGACUUGUCCUCCUGCUCCUUCACCUUCCACAAUUGACACCUCUAAAGGCCCAGAGAAAGACUCCAAACUGCCCAAGUCGGAGGAUGGUGGUGCCCCACAGCCCUUGGAGGUGGAGGAGGAUCUCCUUAAGAGGUAUAAACAGAAGCAGGCUAUAGUCCAGGAUGAGCCGUUUCAGGCGGCAAUGAGGGAAAGAGAGGCAGCCAUGAAGUACGGGAAUGCAUCCCUUCACGGCGGGGAGGACAGCCUUGACCAAGAGAAGCAGAAGUCAGCCCUGCUGACGAGAGAGCUGGAGAACCAAGAGCUGGAGAACCGAGAGUCGGAGCUGAGGCGCCGCGACACCUUCUACAAGGAGCAGCUGGCGCAUAUGGAGAGGAAGAAUGCUGAGAUGUAUAAACUAUCUUCACAGCAAUUCCAUGAGGCAGCUUCGAAAAUGGAGAGCAUGAUAAAGCCCCGCAGGCUGGAGCCCAUGUGCUCAGAGCUGCAGGCUCAGAUCCUUCGCUGCUACCGCGACCGCCUGAAUGAGGUGCUCCUGUGCUCGGACCUGGUCAAGGCUUACCAGCACUGCGUGAGCGCUGCCCACAAGGCAGUUCUGAGAGAACAGGGGAGACCUGGUGGGGCCGAGGAGAACUGAGCUGAGGCCCAUCUGUCUUCGGGGCGGGAGGUCAGGGCUGAGAAGCAGCCAUCAUUCCUGGCCUUGGCGAUGACUUGGAGCCUUGAAGAAGAGACCAGUUAUGGGACCACAGCCUCCAGACCCCUGACCACAGCCAUCUUCUGCCAGGUGCCCAUGAUGCUUAAGAAAUGAAGGAUGUGCUUCUGUCCGAAAACAAAUAAAGCAGCUGUCUGUGUUUUCAGUCA